GGCGGACAGAAUUGUAAUUUUCUAGAAAUGAAAACAAUGAAUAUUUCUUCAAGACCAUGAUAUGCGAAAUUAACAAUGCAGCUGGACAUCUUUUAGAUAUCUCUAGGAAUAAGAUGAAUGGUUAGUUAAAAGACAUUGGACAAAGAAAACCAAAAUGCUUUUCACACUCAAGGAAAUGGUACGAUGGAUGCGUAUGACAGGAUUUGAAUUAUGGCUUCACAUGAUAUCAGUGUUCAUAUUUUCAAUAAUAGCAGUUUUAAAAUAUGAAGAUAUAAUAACUCAGUCAUGGUGGAUUAUGUUUAUACCUCUUUUUGCCUGUGAUGGACUAAACGCGUAUUUCUGUGUUAUUGUAUUUAUUCGGAUGUGUCAUGAGGGUGAUAGAAGAAUAGGUGCAUUACGACUUCUUAAUUCAAUAAUGAGUAUAAUGUUAUUAACAGUGUUUAAAUAUUUACUGUGUAGAAAACUGAAUGAUCAAGAAUCUUUGGCCCCAUCAGAAGUUAUGGCACCAUUAUUUAUUUUAUUACAGAUAGUUAUGAUUCGUGCCUGUAAACUUCAUUGAUUCCAGAUACAUUGCAAUUCACAUUCUUUAUCAUUAUUUAGUAUCAUUUUGUGUUCAUAAAAUAAUGUGUUUAUAGGACAGGACACAAAUAUGCUUUUGAGUUGAACUUAAACAACAAAGUAACAGCCAGAAAAGAAUUGAAGUCAAUAUGGUCUAAUUCUUGUAUAUUUGAGUUCAAAGCAUUCGAAAUUAAUUUCAGGACAAUGUGGAAUAUAUUUAGGAUUAACCAUGAGGCCAAGAGUUUUAAGAUAAUUUUCACCAUAAUAGAAUUGUAAUCAAAUUAUCAGAACAAUGUCCCAAUCAUAAAAUGUUCAGUAUUGCUGAAACACUACUGACAUUUUAAACAGAUCAAUUUUACUUUGUGUCAUAUAUGGUUAAUAAUAUCAUCUUGUUAAAAAUUACAUUUUUGUACAAAUAAAUCAUAUUUAUAAU